UCACAGGGUCUGUCAUUGCGAGGCUCCCCGUCGCUUGGUCACAUCCGGUCGUAUAUAUGUUGCCACGAGUUAGCGGCGAAUUUGGAGAGUGUCCAUUUUGAGCAGCGACUCGGCGUCUCCUGCAUAUUCCCUUGAAUCUCUUAUAGAGUCCAACAUCAGAAUGGCAGACGCUGAGACUGAGAAUUUGCUCAUGGAGACAUCGGAGCAGAACGGCAAUGAGGGAGAGGAGGACGACCAGAACGGAGCUGAGCAGGAGCAAGAACAGGAGCAGGAGCAGGAACAAGAACAAGAACAGGAGCUCAUGAUCGGAGAGGAUGGCACAGAUGGAGGCAAGAUUGACGCCAGCAAAGGAGAGGAGGAUGCUGGUAAAAUGUUCGUGGGUGGCCUCAGCUGGGACACAAGUAAAAAGGACCUGAAGGACUACUUCAGUAAGUUCGGUGAGGUGUCGGACUGCACCAUAAAAAUGGACUCGAGCACUGGACGAUCCCGAGGCUUUGGCUUUGUUCUUUUUAAAGACUCAUCCAGUGUGAACAAGGUGCUGGAGCAGAAGGAACACAGACUGGAUGGACGUCAAAUCGACCCAAAAAGGGCGAUGGCUAUGAAGAAGGAGCCUGCCAAGAAAAUCUUUGUUGGGGGUUUGACUCCAGAGGCGACUGAGGAGGCCAUCAGGGAAUACUUUGGCACCUUUGGAGAGAUUGAAACCAUCGAGCUGCCCAUCGACCCAAAAUCAAAGAAAAGGAGGGGAUUCAUCUUCAUCACAUACAAAGAGGAGGCCUGUGUGAAGAAGUGCCUGGAGAAGAAAUACCACACCAUCCAGGGUGGAACGUGUGAGUUAAAGAUCGCCCAGCCAAAGGAGGUAUACCAGCAGCAGCAGUACGGAGCAGGGCGUGGAGGCGGCUAUGGAGGAGGUCGGGGAGGCAGGGGCCGUGGAGGCCAGAGUCAGGGCUGGAACCAGGGCUAUGGCAACUACUGGAACCAGGGAUAUGGAAAUCAAGGCUAUGGCUACGGUGGAUACAGCGGCUAUGGCAACUAUGACUACUCUUCUCCGUAUUAUGGAUAUAGUGGUGGAUAUGAUUACAGCCAGGGCAAUGCCAGCUAUGGGAAAACCCCAAGACGGGGGGCACACCAGGCCGGCUACAAGCCAUACUGAUGAUCACUUGGAUGUUCAAGGACUCCGGUGAUCUGAGACCUGACAGCUGGACGGACACACUGGGCCUGGCUCGACCUCUUUUAUGACAGAAGACCAUUUGUACAGAAAACAUCUGAAAUGUAACUUUUCCAUGUUUUUUUUUUUUUUUUUUUUUUUUUUUUUUUAAAUCCUUUCAUUUUUAGAUUUUACUUUUCCCUUUGGUGUUUUUUGUUUUCUUUUUUUUUCCCCCUCUCCACAUUUCCACAGGAAGUGUAAUUUUUACUGUACUUUUUGGUACCCGUUUUGAUUCUAAUGUAUUGUAAGGGUUGUAUUUUACGUGUUUGCUGGCUUUACAGGUUGAAAAUCUUGGCCCUGUAAAUGAGCUUUUUUGACAAAUAAAAACCGUUUUCAGUAAUUUUCUUCCCUGUUCUGAUGCUUCCAGGUUCUGGGAAAGAAUAUUACAAAUUAGAUGUCAGAUGGGUUUAGUAGUAGUUUACACGUGUUUGAGCCUUUCUUUUUUCUUUUUUUUUUUUUGCCCUUUAUGUAAAGUCUAGUGUACCAAGAGGGAAUUUUAACUCACCAGAAUUUAAUUCUUCAUCGAAGUCAUUCGGAUGUUUAUUGCUGAAAUCCAUCUGUGUAAGCAAAAUUGUAGGAUAUAAUGAGGGUAAAUGCUUUUCUGAAGUAAAAUGCGUGCUUUUGUAGUCUUCAGGCCAAGGUAGUGUACUCGGCCAGUCUCUGACAUUUACUAAUAAACAUUUUGUUUAAUCUUUGUA